AUGGAUAUCGCUAAAUUUGAGAUUAUAGACAGAGUGGAAAAUGCUCAGCAUUAUAAGGAGGCAUGCAAAUAUAUUUCUAGCCAUGUGCAAAAAAGUUUAAGUCUUAUUGUCAAGUAUCGAGCCAGAGAUGCUAAUGAGAAAUUAAAAAAGGACUAUGAGAAAGUAUUAAUUGAAAUAAAGGAAUAUUUAAUUAAAAUUGAUAAACCUGGGCCUUUUGCCAAAAGAAUUAUAAAAUGGAUUAAGGAACUAUUCGAUGCAGAUAAUGUUAAAGCAGGAAUUGACAAACUGCUCCAAAAAUUGGACACUGCUACUAAGAACUUCUAUAAUAGCAUGAUACUUGAUAUUUAUAUCCAAAUUCAUAAAUUAAAUGAUAAUGUUACGCAUAAUAUUAUGCUUAUACUGAAAGGCAGUAGUCCAACAAAUAAAGAAAUUAAUGAGUUAAAAAUUAAUCUGAGCUCUGUAAUUGAUUGUGAAGAUAAUAAAAAAGCUAUAAGAAAUAAUAUCCAAAAAAGAAACUUACAAGAAUAUUUAACAAAAGAAAAAUCAAUUCCAUGGACAACUAAACUUAAAAUUGCAGAACAAAUUGCUACAGGUCUUAGUUAUUGUAAUAGUUAUAACAUAUUUCAUCAUGAUGUUAGAAGUAAAAAUAUAUUGCUCAAUAAAAAUUUAAAUGCAAAGCUUACUAAUUUUGAAAUGAGUCGAAAGUUCGAAGAUGAAUCAAUAAAGAUAAAGGAUUUAGAAUCUUUAAGAUUGCAUUGCCUUUCUCAGCUAUACACUGACAAAUGUGAAGUGUACAGUUUUGCAAUUCUUCUUUGGGAAAUCUCUUCAUAUAAAAUUCCACUUGGUAAUAUCAGUUAUAUGAAAGCAAGUGAAAAAGUUACAAGUGGGAAACACCCAAGUCCAUUUUCAGAAGACACAUCAGAACAAUAUAAAAUACUACAACUUUUUUCUCUUUCUUCACUUGUAUUUACCAAAUCAUCUGUAUUCGAUGGCUCAGAAAAUGUGCCAUUGCCUUACUUAUUUACUUCAUAUUAUGCAAGACUUUAUCUCUAUAAAGGUACUUUUGAAGGCAUCAAAAAAGAUGAAAUUCGAGCUUUACAAUCAUUUCAAAGAUCUGCUGACAAAGGCAAUGAUCCUGAUGCUCUAUACAUGAUUUCUCAGUUCUUUUUGAAUGAAGAACAUGGAUAUGAAUAUAACAAUGAUAAAUACAAGCAAUUUUUAAAAAUUGCUGCUGACAAAGGUUCAAAUGAUGCACAAAGAAAGCUCACAGAGUUGGAGAACUUGCAGAAUCGAAAAUAG